UGUAUGGUUUACCAGUAGAACUUCCUUUUUUCUUGCAGUACGAGUCCCAGCGCACUUUAUCAGUUUUCUAUACAGAUAAUCCUGAAAACUGAAUUUUGAAGAAAAUAGAUCACAUUUGUACAUAAACAUGACUGAUGUGAAGCUGAAUUCGUGGGAUAUCCUUGUGGUGUGUCUGUACUUUGUAAUGGUAUUGGCUACUGGACUUUUUUCUAUGUGCAGAUCCAAUAGGGGAACAGUUAGUGGAUAUUUUCUUGCUGGACGAUUUAUGUUUUGGCUUCCAGUAGGAGCAUCAGUUUUUGCCAGCAAUAUCGGGAGUGAGCAUUUUAUUGGUUUGGCUGGAUCAGGUGCAGCUGCUGGGAUUGGAGUUGGAGCAUUUGAAAUUAAUGCUCUUAUUAUUCUGCAGUUCACAGGGUGGAUAUUCCUACCUGUUUUCCUUGCAUCUCGGGUAUGUACAUUGCCUGAAUUUAUGUCUAAAAGAUUUGGUGGACAAAGGAUUCGAACUUUCCUUGCGGUUUUGUCUCUUAUCUUGUACAUCUUCACUAAGAUAUCAGUAAAUCUCUAUUCUGGUGCAGUUUUUAUUCAGCAAGCCCUCAAGUGGAACUUGUAUCUCUCUGUAUUUCUGAUAUUGCUGAUGACAUCAAUCUGCACUGUGUCAGGAGGUCUAGCAGCUGUGAUAUAUACAGAUACCCUGCAGUUUUUUAUUAUGCUUAUUGGUGCUGGUAUAGUUGCUGCGAGAGCAUUUGUUGAAGUAGGUGGCUAUCAAGCACUCCAGUUCAAAUACAUGCAAGCUGUGCCUUCUAUCAUGAAAGAAAAUGUAACAUGUGGAUUGCCUAAAGAAAAUUCGUUACAAAUGCUACGUGCAAUUAAUGAUCCAGAGUUACCUUGGCUUGGGUUUGUUCUUGGCCAGACUCCUGCUUCAGUUUGGUAUUGGUGUGCUGAUCAGAUGAUGGUUCAGCGAUUACUUGCAGCAAAAUCAUUGUCUCAUGCUCAAGGGGCAACUAUUUUUGCUGGUUUUAUGAAGGUUUUUCCAUUAUUUUUCAUUGUCCUUCCAGGAAUGAUAAGUAGAGUCCUUUUUACAGAUCAGGUAGCUUGUGUUACAGCAGAAGAGUGCUACAAGUAUUGUGAAAAUGAUGUUGGAUGCUCUAAUAUAGCUUAUCCACUCUUGGUUUUGGAACUCAUGCCUUCUGGUUUGAGAGGAUUAAUGAUGGCAGUUAUGUUAGCAGCACUAAUGAGUGACCUGACCUCCAUAUUUAAUAGUGCAAGUACCCUCUUUACCAUUGACAUCUGGCCACAGGUCCGGAAGAAAGCAUCUGUUAAAGAGCUAAUGAUUGUUGGAAGGUCAUUUGUGAUUUUCAUGGUAGCUGUGAGCAUAGCUUGGAUCCCAGUUAUACAGAACAUGCAAAGUGGCCAACUUUUCAUUUACAUCCAAGCAGUAUCUGCAAAUCUUGCUCCUCCUGUUGCAUCUGUCUACGUCUGUGCAAUUCUGUGGAAGAGAAUGAAUGAGAAUGUGUGUGGAGCUUUUUGGGGCUUGAUAACAGGAUUUUUGACUGGUUUAAUUAGACUGGUCUUGGAUUCUGUUUACUCUGAACCAUCCUGUGGAGAAGAAGACACACGACCAGUCAUUUUAUCUGGCUUACAUUAUAUGUAUUUUGCUUUAAUUUUGUUUUGGCUAACUGCACUUGUGGCUGUGCUUGUCAGUGUAUGGACAGAGCCUCCUGAGGAUUUUAGGAUCAUAAGGACAACUUACUGGACACGAUUUGAUUCUAAUCCUCGUAAAGAUGACCUUGAAAACUUAGAAUUAAAGCGAGCUGAAAAUCUGAAAGAGAAAACUGAGAAAGAACACACUGAAGAUGCAGACCAAGAAGUCCAACAGAAAAAUAAAGAAAAGACAAUAUUAUCGUAUGUCACCAAUUUUUACAACUGGUUUUGUGGAUUUGACCAUUCCGCAAAAGGAGAGGAAAAGGAACUAGAACUUUAUAAACAUCUGAAGGAUGUAGCUUCCCUUAAACAAGGGUUUUGGGAAAAAAUUACACUAAAUUUCUUUUUGGCUUGUAUAGUAGGGUUUGCUGUAUUUAUUUGUGGUUUCUUUUCAGUACCAACAGUUAUUCAGUGAUAGCACACAUAAAAAAAUAUUCAUAAAGCAAGAAAAAACAACAUUGGUUUAAGUUUUGAUCUUAGUACCAGCUCAUAUUAAAGAUAAAAUGAUAGUGUAAUCUAUGUUAUUGAUACAUUACCAAAACGUGAGAAUCUUACGAAAAAACUUAAGGAUAUUCAUGGGUUUCAAGCAUUUUCUAGUUGUCUGGAAAUUAAUAUAUUCAUAUCAUAUAUUUCAGGUGUGUGAAUGAUUGGUACAGAAAAUGGUGCACUGUGUUCCAACACCAUAUGAGAAAAGCACUUCAUAAUGAAUAGGUGAAAACAUAACUAUGUGACAGAUGGCAGAGUUUAUGAUGUGUCACAGUAUUUUAAGCACAAAGCCUUCUUCAGGAUGUGUCAGAAGAUUAUAUAAGCACUAGGCUAUAAUAGAUAUGGUGUUGACUUGUCAACAAAUUCUUUAUUUACAUUUAUACUCAGCAGUGUUACAAAGUUGAGCAUGAUAUAGUGGUUAGUAUGUGUCACUGUGAAUCUGAGGGUUCAUGGUUUGCAUCCUGUUGACACAAAAUAAUGCUCUGCAUUUUGUAUGUUUAUACCAAAAUUAUUGGUCAAAUUCAACUAUUCAUUUAAGGGUAACACAAGAGUUGCUGAUUGGUGGUGUUGUCUUGCUGUCUUCUCUCUAAUGUAUCAGUUGUUUGUUUUGAUUUGGUGUGGAUGGGGGGAUGUAUCAUUUUAGAUUGUUUCUUUCUCUCUUGUUUUAAACUUUUCUGUAAUGGUUACUGCUUCAUCUAUUUUUGCUAUUUUUAAAUUGAAAAUAGCCCCCCUCCUAUUCAGGUGCAUAGUAGUAUGUCUGAGGGCUUAUAAUGGGAAAAACUGGGUUUCUAUACCAAUGGUGGAAAGAGUACAUGUACUCCAUUGUGUGGUUAUGUACUUAACAAAAGAGCAAAACAAUCAUAGCUCUUUUGUGACUCAGCAGUAAAUAUGAAGACUUAUAAUGCUAAAAUUUUGGGUAUGAUUCAAGUGGUAUGCACAGCACAGAUGGUCCAUUGUGCAACUUUUUGUUUAACAGCAAACAAAUUAAAAAAAUAGAUAUUGUAAUAUUAACUAUAUCUUAUUUCAGCCUGAAUCGGAAUAUUUCUUGUAUUAUAACCAACCCUAUUUAGAACAUCUUGUAACAACUUAGCAGAUGCAGUUAAUCUACAUUUAAUGCUAAUUAUGGAAUACAGGUAUAAUAUCAGAAUCUUCAUUAUUUUCAAUAUAAUAUUUAGUGUAAUAUAAUUUAGACAUUAUGAGUAUACCUGUAAACUUGUUUUUAAAAAAUUAACUAACUAAACAUAAGAGUAAGUUGUUUUUCAAAUGCUGCACAAUAGAACAUGUUUUGCUUUAUAUGGUAGCUCAAAAUUCCGAAGUUAUUAGUUUCAUAUUCAGUUUGUUCCUUUUUCUGAGUGAAAAUUAAAUCACCUUUUAACUGUUGAUUUUUAAUUAUUCAAUACAUAAUUUGAAAAAUAUACAGUCAAGAGAACAUAGUGAAAGACAUAUUGAUUCUUGAUAAUAUAUUUUAUAGCCAGAUGAAACUUUUAUUGAGAAAAGUAACAUGUUUUGUACCUUAAUCAUUUUAAAUCAAAAUGUAAUAACUUUUGGUACUAAAAAUAAAUCAAGUUUCAAACUUUGCCAUAAAUACAUAAUUUCAUUGGCUUCCUGAUCUUGGACCAGUAUAUUCUUUUAUGUUGCAAUUUAUAAACCAGUUUCAUUAUUUCAGAUCACUUUUAAUAAAAAAUCUAAGGAAAGUAUCACAGUUUUGAUGACAGUCAGUAACUUUACGUUAAAUACUGAUAAAAAAACAAAAGUCCAACAUAAUGUUAGAGAGGCAGGUUACCUUGUAUUUUAAGUGUAGUCUCAAGGGCCAUAACAUUGAUUUUAAAAAAUAUUAUGGUUUUAUUCAGGUAUAUUGGUAUUAAAUGCCAGAGUAAUACAGUAAGAUUAAAACUGAAAUAAUGGGUGACUUGAAAAUGUUAGUGAAAUAAAACUUGUAGCUUCUCAGUUCAUGGAAUGAGAGGAACGAACUUCAUGCAUACUUAUUUUAUGGAAUAUUUGAAUUGUCAUUUUAUGUACAAAACCACUUUGUUUAUUUGUAUUCAUCAGUUUAAUUGCAGUGAUUGAUGCAGGUUUCACUACAUGGCAUAGACAUGUUUCAGUGAUAGAUCAAUCACUUUUUUUAUACUUUUAGUGUGUUAUUUCCUGAAACUGUGUUCAACACUUAUGAAAAAUUGCUUUAUGGUUAUAAAAAGCUUUCAUUCUGGAUUAGGAUUUUUAAAUAUUUUUGUUAAUUUUUGUAGCACUAAUACAAAAAUUAAUUCAAAUAAAUUAUGCUUUUAAAAUCACUUUCAGAUAAAACUGUAAUAUCGUUUGUUGCAUAUUCAGAUAAUAAACACACUACAUAAAUAAGGUGGAAGAUAUAUACACAGCGUGGUCACAAGUAAAUAGACACUACCUUUUCAGAAAAAAUGAAAUUUUUCAGUCAUAUUCACA